AUGGCUCGGAUCCGCCCCAGGAGUUUGUCUCGGGAGAUUGCCGGGAUGGCAGCGCGGGCGAUUUCUGAGAAGCCCGGUAGUCGGCUGGGUGUAGCUGAGGAGUUUGUCCCGAUACCUAUUGCGCUCUAUGACGAGAACGUUGAUCCGGCGUUGGGAGUUUUUCAGCCGAUGCUGAAGGGCCGAGCUCGAAACUUCCACAUUGACAGUACGGGUGUGCAGAGACGGGGCGGAAGGGUAAUACUUAGAGCACUUGCCGAGAAUACAUUCGUGGAGAUCAUGGGCGAGGCCCGAUUGGCGAGAUCCAUACGGGACUGCGUCUGCAUGGCCAGCGAUUCGAGGGAAGGCGAGGGAACCGACUGGCAUGAACGCUUGGGUGGUGUCUCGGCUUCGUUGGGGAGAGACCUCCUCGAGGGAACGCUUGGCCGGUGUCGGAGCAAGGGUAGGGAUAUCGAUUUGAUGGACGAUGGGAUCAAAAUCAGUCAGAGGAUCGAAGUUAUCCAUGAGACUGAAGUCGAGAUCCAUGCUGAGGUCGAACUCUGA